AUGACCCGAGACCGACACGCGAGCCGCGCGAGUUUCGCAUGCGUACGAUGCAAGAAAGACAAGAGACGAUGCGACAUCUCUCAAAUUUUGAGCUCGGGGGACCGAAUGGACCGGUCCUGCACCUCAUGUCGAAACAAGAACGAAAAGUGUGAGGUCCGCUACGGCGAGGAUAAGCGCAGUCAACGACAACCGAACGAGACCAAGGCACUGCAACGGCGAAUGCAGGCACUAGAGGAGUUUGUCAAGAACGUCUCCAAAAACCCAGAGCUCCCGGUCACACGGCACAAGACGGAUGAAGUUUCGGAUUGUCUGAUGGAACAGGCACGACGGACUGUAGACAGCUACCAGGAUGCGAGGAUACGUGCCUUCCCAAGCCCUGCCAGCUCUUCAAGUCCGGGGACUCAGAAUAUGACGAUAUCGAUCUCUCCUCCGGAGGGAGGACAGAACAAUUGGGCUGUGACGUCGCAACAGGAGCUUCACCCCGCCUCACACUCAAGAUCUGUAUCCUUCUCGGGGCAAAACAGACCGAAGACCGACGACAUCACACACAAUGGCAUCCGAUCGAUCUCCUUCUCAGGCCCCAGCAGGCCAGACUUUGACUGCGUCUCCGAGAGCGUCCCUCCCGUCAUGGAAGAGAUUGGGACACCCGAUAGUAUGCAAGACUUUGACCAAUUUCUUGGCUCUGUGACCCUAUUCCCGUACUCCGAGAAUCAGUCUCGAUCAAGGAGUCCACGCGGGGAAGGCUCUCCUUUUGAGGACGACACGAGCAGACAAGCUCGCGGUGCUCUCGAAUGCUUUCCCGAGCCAGAACCAAUUGUGUCCCAUUUGCUAGACCUAUUCUGGAAAUGGCAAUCAUCUCACCUCCUCGUCGUUGAUCGUGCUUUAUUCCUCCGCCAUCGGGAAAUUUGGGACGACAGUGAAGGACACCGCGGCGAUCGAAACUUUUAUACCCCAUGUCUGUUGUACGCGAUCAUGGCUCUGGCAUCGAUGAUAAGUCUUGACAAGGGAGUCGUGCGGUACUCUACUUCUACCGGCGGUGUCGCCGGAGAGACUUUUGCGAAGCGAGCACGCUCAAUGUUUGAUCUAGAGAUGGAUCACCCAACCAUUUCCACUGUCCAGGCGGCUUUGAUACUUGGUUCUCGAUAUGGAGCCAUGAAGGACAACUCCCUUGGGUGGAUGUACAGUGGCAUUGCCUUCAGAAUGGCGAGUAAAUUGGGCCUACAUCUGGACUGUUCUAAAGCUGUUGCGUCUGGUAAGAUGAGCCAGGAGAUGGCCGAUCUCAGAAGGAGAGUAUUCUGGGGCUGCCACAUUGAAGACAACCUAUUCAGCGCUUACUGUGGGCGACCAAACUCCUUUAUGGAGUGGGAUAUCACCAUUCCCAUACCUGAGCGACCCUUCAAAGGCAUCAGCAAAGACGAAGCCGAAUCGACUUCGUCACUUUUACAUCACACCUCAACACUCUCAGUGCUAUGUUCUAAGAUUCUAAUUAGUAUCCACCGUCAACGGCGGCACUCAUCUACGAGCGAGAUGAGAUUGAAAGCAUCACAACUUCACAGAGCCCUAUGGCAGUGGCAUCACGAUCUUCCUAAGAGCUUGACAUGGUCCAGCGAUUCAAAUAUCCUGGCACAGCCCCAUGUCUUCAUCUUGCAAAUGAACUUCUACUUUGCUCUCAUUCUACUCCACCGGCCAUUCCUCCGAUUGUCUUCAAAAUUCCUCAACGUCGACAACAUGAACUCUUCGGCUCUCAACUCCACACACGCAUGCGCUACAGCAGCAGCAAACAUCACAAAGCUCGCAACGACUUACAGACGAUCUUUCAAUAUGCGACAGAUGCCGCCAUCGAUUGUACACUUUGUUUUCAUCGCAGGUAGCAUUCAUCUCCUCAACCUUCGUGCAGGACAACCAGGCAACCAUGAAGUUCUUCUUCAGAGUUCCACUGAAGCCUUAUCCGAGCUCGCAAAGUCAUAUCCCGUGGCGCAGAAAGCCAGCACUGAGCUGGAAAGCUUGAUUGAAAAGUGGAGGUCCGCGAAAGAGGCCGAGAAGAGAGCCACGGAGACAAGUAGGGCGGCGCAAGAGGUUGAGAACAGCAUGAGCUCUGGGUGUGCGAUACGGCCAGGGGUAUCUGGAUUUCUUGAUAUUGAUUUUUCUCCUUUGGAAGAGCUUGGGGAGUUUAUGGAUUUGAAAAAAGGCCAACAACCUGCUACGAAGUCUGUGUUUGAUAUGCCGGCUGAUAUCGGCUUCCACGAGCAGCUAUCGCUGGAUCAAAACGGUAAUGAUUGCAUGUUUCUGGACCAAGAUUGGCUUCAGGAUGGAACAGGAUUCGAGAGCAUGGACGGAAGUGGCUGUCCAUGGAUGUACAAUUAA